AUGGGUAUUGAUGCGCCACUGCUUGCCACGCAGGAUGUGGAGCUCCAAGCCACGGCCGGCCUGGAUGUGAUGCUGGCAGACGCCCUGGCACGCCUCAGCAACCACACCGCAUUGCACGCGACUCAGGUGCGCUGCCUGCAAGUAAGGGCCCCACGCACGUGCACGGUGCGGUGGACGCGUGGAAAUGCGAUGCAGCAGCAGGUGCUGCGGCAGCAGCAUGCCUAUGGCAAGAUCCCCCUCCGGUGUGGUCCAGCCCUGGACGACCCUGAAACACCAGUGUCGCGCCAGCAGGAAUUGGCAACAAUGCUGCCUACCGACCUGCUGCUGGGCGGGAAGCGCUGA